GGGGCCGGGCGGGGCCGGGCUCUGAGAGGUUGGGCGCGUGGCGGGGGCGGGACUCGGGGCGCGCGCGGGGCGGAGGCGGGACCCUCCUCCCGCGCUCUAAGGCCGCCGAGCCCGGCUCACCCGGAUGCUCCUGCACCUCUGUCGCCGGGCUGCUUCAUGGGUGCUGGACGCGUCCCAAGCCCCCACCAAGCCGCCCCGCGUGCGCCGUGACGCGCGGCCCAGGUGAGGCUGGCACGGACGGCGCGCGGGGCCCGGGGAGGGCGUGGAACUUGCCCGCGGGUCCGGGCGCCGCCCCUGCUCCCCGCCCUCUCCACCCAGCCCUGGAGCACCGGGGGCAGCCACCCCGCCUCCUUAACUGACUUCUCCCCUCUUUGUCCCGGAGGCCUCCUGGGCUCUAGGCGACCCCCCACCCACCGGGAACCUUGGCACCCAGAGCUGGAGCGCGGUGCGUGAGGCAUCUCGGUGCUCACUGGGGUCGCCCCAUCUCCUCACCUCUCCCUCAACCCCUCACUGACCCGGGCUCCUCCUCUCGCAGCUCAUCCUCUUUGUCCUUCAUCGAUUUCCCCCCACCCCCCACCCCACCAUUGGCAGCACGUGGGUAUGGGGGGGUUAGCUUUGCAUCCAGCUUUAAAAAGCCCAACCUGGCCUGGCAGCAGUUGGACCUGGCAGAGCUGGCAGAGCGUCUGAACAACCAGCCAAGUUUGUUUCCCCUCCCCCCCUGCUAGGUGCUGCUCAGGCGGGCGCUAGACCGGCGGGUCCUUCCUGACCCAGUAGCCUCUCCCCAAAGCCUCUGUGCUCAGGGGGGGUGCGCUUACUAGCGCCAUGGGCCAGUGCUACCACAAUGAGACUCUGGGCUUCUUCUACAACAACAGCGGGAAAGAACUCAGCAAGCACUGGAGGCCCAAGGAUGUGUUGGUGGUGGCCCUGGGGCUGACCGUCAGCCUUCUGGUGCUGUUCACCAACCUGCUGGUCAUUGCGGCCAUCGUCUCCAACCGCCGUUUCCACCAGCCCAUCUACUACUUGCUGGCCAACCUCGCAGCCGCUGACCUGUUCGCCGGCCUGGCCUACUUCUACCUCAUGUGCAACACGGGCCCCAGAACUGCUGGCCUUACCUUGCACCGCUGGUUCCUGCGCCAGGGCCUGCUGGACACCAGCCUCACGGCGUCGGUGGCCACGCUGCUGGCCAUCGCCGUGGAGCGUCACCGCAGUGUGAUGUCCGUGCAGCUGCACAGCCGCCUGCCCCGUGGUCGUGUGGUGCUGCUCAUCGCCGUGGUGUGGGUGGCCGCGCUGGGCCUGGGGCUGCUGCCUGCCCACUUCUGGCACUGCCUGUGCACGCUGGACCGCUGCUCCCGCAUGGCGCCGCUGUUCAGCCGCUCCUACCUGGCCGUCUGGGCCCUGUCCAACCUGCUGGUCUUCCUGCUCAUGGUGGCCGUCUACACCCGCAUCUUCUUCUACGUGCGCCGUCGGGUCCAGCGCAUGGCAGAGCACGUCAGCUGCCAUCCCCGCUACCACGAGACCACGGUCAGCCUGGUGAAGACUGUCGUCAUCAUUCUGGGGGCUGCAGCGAUAGCACAGCGGAGAGGGCACUUACUUUGCAUGCGGCCGACCAGGCGCCUUUGUGGUGUGCUGGACGCCGGGCCAGGUGGUGUUGCUACUAGACGGCCUGGGCUGCCGCUCCUGCAACGUGCUGGCUGUGGAGAAGUACUUCCUGCUGCUGGCCGAGGCCAACUCUCUCAUCAACGCCGUGGUCUACUCGUACCGCGACGCCGAGAUGCGCCGAACCUUCCGCCGCCUGCUCUGCUGUUCCUGCCGCCGCGGCCAUGAGGAGCGUGCGUCCCCGGGCUACACAUCCGCCCGCAUCAGCACCCGCAUCAUGCUGCCGGACGGUGGGGGCAGCGGCCCGCCCACUGACUCCACCCUCUAGCCCGGGCCCCCGGACUGCGUGCCCUAAAGUUAGACGGCGUCUGGGGUCAGGGGCAAGGGCAGACACUGCACAUCUCAGCGUGGAUGUCAUGGCUGGGACACCCUGGACUGCACCGCCCCAUCCCACCCCACCCCACCGGCCCGAGGAUGGAUCUUCCAGGCCCUAGACCAGGGGGUCUGAGUGUGGGCGUGAGAGCUGUGGGGCCCCCUUUAUAGCGUCCGGGAAGGCCUCCCGUACGAUUCAGGGGUCCCCCUCUGGAGUCGCGUGUGAGAGGAGGAGUAAAAGCCUUUUUUUUAUUUUUCCGUGGUGCUCUGCAGCAUCUGUCCUCAGCCACCCCCUGCCAGCCCUUUCCUCUGAGCUUGGGGGGCUGACAAGCCUGCCCUUUCUGUUUCCCACCCAAUCACCCCACACAGUGGGGUCCCCGGAGCAGGACACAGGAUCUGGCCGUUUCUCCUCCUUCUCCCAUGCACCCUGACAGCCUGAGGUACAACUUGGAACUCUCUCCACCCCUGUGGGCAGGCAUUACUUUUUUUGUUUAUUUGAGUUUUUGUUUGUUUAUUUGACUACACCCAGCAGUGCACAGGGGUUGCAUCUAGCUCCGCAUUCAGGAAUUACAUGGGCUGCAGGGAUCACCCUCUGUUCCUGUGCAAGGCUCGCCCCAGGCGUUGUUCGGCAGCGCUGGGUGGGUUUGCUGCAGCCUCGUAGGCAGAAGACUCCACCAGAAGCCACUUUGCAGCCCUGCUGCCUUUCUCUUUCACUUUUAGUUUAGGUUUUCAGGUUAUACCUCAGCUCAGUGCUGUGGGUCACUCCCUGCUGUGCCCCAUGGCCUGUGAUCAGGUGCAGACUCCCCACAAAGCCCGGCCCCUUCAGGCUGAGGUUUGGCCUGUGACCCAUCUAAGGGUGCAGAGUUGCUUGGAGGGACCUGAGAGAUGGGCUCUGGGAUCCCCCCAAGGCUGGACAAGUUUAUCCGCUCUUUACCCGAAACCUCCAGCCUCAAACAUGCCAGACCCUUAAUGAGCCCUCCCACAUGUGCACAUUGUCCCCUGGGCACCUGCGGCUCUUUUUUGGGAGGAACUCUAAAGCAAUUUGGGGCGGACACCAAGGGUAUACCCACGGGUGCUCAGAGACCCAUGUGGUGACAAGGGUUGAACUUGGGGUCUCAUGCGCCCAACCCACCAGCCCUGUGAGGAGCCAGAGAUGAAAGCUGAACUGGGGUUUGGGUACUUCAGGGUUAAAGGGGCACAUGCACCCCCCCCAGGUCAAACACCUGUAUGUGCAGAUUAUGAGUGGAACUACAAUGCCCCAGAGCCCAGGCCGUGUUCCAGCCAGGAAGAAUGCUGUCUUUGCCUCCAUGGGUGAACCGGAGCCUCUUGAACUGGGCUGUCAUCAAGAGUAAGGACCCUGGAUGGGGGCUUUAUCCUGGAGGAUGGACGGGUGUCUGGGUAUCCCACCAGCCAGCCCGAGCUGCAAGAAUUGGCUGGCAGUGGGGAGGGUGCGCCUGUGGGCGGGGCUCAGGGGUCUGGCUCUGAGCAGUCCAGGUGGUGAGGGUUGGCUGGCAGCGUGGGGGGCGGGACUCAGCGUUCUGGGGCGUGCCAGUUGGUUGGCUAUGUAGGGGGCGUGUCUGUGGGCGGGGUUCAGCUGUUUGGGCGAUGUCGGUUGGCUGGCUACUUGGAGGCGUGUCUGUAGGCGGAACUUAGCGCUCAGACCUAGACUUUGGCCACCACCACUUUGCCCAAGUCCCCUUUGGCAGCCGGUGUGAUUCCACCCGCCCCCCGCCCCCGCACCCCAAAGCCGGCCCCUGGUGCCAACAGGCACGACAACGUGCGGCAGCAGAACACGGCCGUCCCCGCAGCAGGUGAUGAGCCGACCCGAGCAUCCGCGUGAGGAUGAGUGCUGGGGGCAGCAGAUGAGAAGAGUCUUCUGGCGACAGAUGGAGAAAUAAGGGGUCAGCGGCAGGUGUUGGGGCUUUGGGGAGGAGUGAAGGCGGGGCCCAGAGGCCAGAGGGAUUUGCAGGCUCCCAUCGACAGAUUGGAAGCAGAUUGGAGGGGGCGGUGGGUGUGGGGACCCGGAAAAGGGGAGGUGGGGGUAGAGCUAGAUGGGGAACCGACCCUAUUUGCAGAGUGAUCUGAGCUGCUGUGGGAAGCAAACAUCUGCAGGGCCUUGGAACCAUCUAAGCGCUCACCCCACACACGCACACACAUGCACACAUCCUCCCUCCCUCCCUCCCCCUUUCUUCCCUCUCUCCCUCCUUCCUUCCUUCCCUCUCUCCUUCCUUCAUUCUCUCUCUCCCUCCUUCCUUCCUUCUCUCUCCUUCAUUCUCUCCUUCCUUCCUUCCUUCCUUCCUUCCUUCCUUCCUUCCUUCCUUCCUUCCUUCCUACCUUCUUUCCUUCCCUCCAUUCCUCCUUUUUUCUCUCUUUUUCUUCUUUUUCUUUUGUUUUUCUUUGGGGGCCACUCCCCGCUCAGCAUCGGGGUCACAGGUGCUCAGGGAACAGUACCAGGUGCUCAGCCCCCUGCGCUUGCGGCCUCUGGGAGGCUGAAAGACCUUUCAGGGUGGGGACCAGAAGCUUUGAAUCUUUCAUGCUUCUUUUUUGUCAGGGUACAAGGCGCGACCAGCAGUGCUCAGCGGAGCCUGUGGGGUUCCAGGCAUGAGCCUUGGUCUUCCCCGUGCAGAGCCCGCACUCCGGCUCCGCCCGUAUCCACACCUCACUGUAGCUGUGACAGCACUGCAGGUGACAGACAAGUGGGGACAGGAGGAGCUCUGGGGACUCCCUGACUAUUGGCUCUUUACCCCCCGGGCGUCAGUGUCUGCCCUGCCCCCCUGACUACGGGGCAUGGUGCUGAGGCCUGGCUCCUGCUCUUGGUUUUGUUUGUUGGCGCCUUUGGUUUGGAUUUGGGGCUACACGCGGUGACACCCCUGGCUCUGCACUCAGGGAUCACUCCUGGCAAUGCUCAGUGCGUAGGGGACGCUGGGGUCCACCUGGGUUGUCCUGUGAAGGCAAGUGCCCUCCCCACUGUCUCUCCACAGCCCUAAGGCUGGUGUUUUUAUCGUGGUGAUUGUGGAGUCAUUCCCUGCGGUGCUGAGGGCAUGGGGGAACCGGGCAGUGCCAGGGAUGGAGCCCGGGUCUCUUAGCACAAAGGCUGGGCUCCGCCCUUGAACUCGCUACAAGGCCUGGAUCGUUAUGUCAGUGACAUUGGUCACAUUUUACGGGAAGAACUUUCCACGUUUCUACUGCACACAGGGGCGCGGCUGGCCGUGAACUGAUUCCAGUCACUGAGAGGAGGCCCUGGGAUCAGCAAAGGACAAAGGGAGCCAAUGUGGCCUUCGGGUGAUGCUUGGAGGCCCUGGGCAGUGGCCCGGCCCGGCCCCUCAGAGCACUGUGUGGAAACUGCCAAGUGGACCUGACCCCCUGAAGAAUCCAGGCCAGGCUGCAGGAUGGAACAUCCUUCUCAGGCCUGGGAAAUGGGAUUGCAGACUGGAAAUUGUUUGUUUGAGGGCCCACCCAGCAGUGCUCAGGGCUUACUCCUUGGUUCCUCACGCAGGGAUGAGUCCUGGCUGGGCUCUGAGAACAGUGGGAUGCCGGGGGCAAAUCCAGUCAGCUGUCUGCAGGCAAGGGCCCCUGGAGAGCCAUGUAGACUGGGCCCCUUUUGAUCCCACCUAUCUUCUGAGCACUGAGAUGGGAGCAAUUCCUGAGCCCCACCAGGUGUGAUCCAAUUCAAAAUAAAAUAUUCUCUCAGGCUGGAGUGAUAGCACAGCAGGUACGGUGUUUGCCUUGCACGUGGCCGACCUGGGUUCAAAUCCCAGCAUCCAUAUAGUCCCCUGAGCAUCACCAGGAGUGAUUCCUGAGUGCAGAGCCAGGAGUAACCCCUGUGCAUCUCUGGGUGUGACCCAAAAAGAAAAAAAAAUUCUCUCUUGGGGCUAGAGCGAUAGCACAGCGGGUAGGGCGUUUGCCUUGCACACGGCCGGCCCAGGUUUGAUUCCCUGAGCACCUGAGCACCACCAGGCAUAAUUCCUGAGUGCAGAGCCAGGAGUAACCCCUGUGCAUCGCCAGGUGUGACCCAAAAAGCAAAAUAAAAAAUAAAAAAAAGAAAUUCUCUCUUUCCAUCCCAUCGGGACACUCGUUGGAGGGCGUUCCUCUGGAGACAGACCCGGGACCACCCAGGAGAGCCUGACGGUCAUCAGCCAGCCACUCCUGGCUCUGAGAUGCGGUUUGUACGGGAUUUCCUGGGCCUGUACAGGCCUUCCCGGUACCCAUCCUAGGCUCACAGAAGCAGCUGCAGAGAAAGAGGCUCCCUACAGGCCCUGUGGCCCCCUCCACUGUAUCAGCCAUCUGAGAACAACAUGUGGUGGCAGGGCAGAGGGCCUGGGGGAAGCUGGGGUGCCCCCACCUUCCCUGGUCACCCAGCACAACACAAAAAGGGGAGGAAUGAAAAUUAUAGUAAGGGGCAGAGCAGAGCACAGUGGGGAGGGCCCUGGCCUGGCACAUCAGGGUUCCAUCCCCCACACCCCCUAGGGCCGCGCUAGGAAUAACCCCUGAGCACCACUGAGGGUUGUCCCCCAAAGUAAACAUAAUUAAGAUAAUAACUAAAAGUGCUUUCUUUUGUUGGGGGAGGCACAUCCGGUGAUGCUCAGGGCUUAGUCCUUGCGCUGUGCUCAGAGGCCGCUCCUGCAGGGAGUCUGAAGUGAGAGGCAAGUUCCUUACCUGCGUUCCUAUCGCCCCAGCCCCAAUGUGUCAUGUCACUGCGUCCCACACUGCACCCGACUUCCCUCCCCACAACCUCUCACCCCUUAAACUUCUUUACUCCCUUACAAAUUUCAGAGCCUGGGGCCAGAGCAAUAGCGGGAGGGCUGAGCACUGGCCUUGCCCACAGCUGGCCUGGCUUUGAUCCCCACACCCGUAUGGUCCCCCAAACACUGCCAGGAAUGAUCCUGGAACACCAAGCCGGAAGUAAAACCUGGACACCACCAGGUGUGGCCCCAACCCCCCCAAGAUUAUUCUUUUAAAGAGUCUCAAUCUUCCCAGACGCCCAAGCUAGGGACCUGGGGCUGCAUCUGACUUCCCUGAGGAACCCGGGACCACGCCAGGAGUGACCCUAAGCACGACCGGGUGAGACCCCCCCAAGAAAUAACAAAAAAGUAAAUAAAACAUAGGAAAAAUAGGGGAGAAGAGACAGAUGAGAAGCAGCAGGCCAGCUUGCAGGGUUAAAGUACAGAGGUGGCGUUAGGAAUGAGGAGGCGAAUGUCCAGACUCAGCGUCAGUGACCUGUAUCAGCCACUGAUACCCAGACGGUGGCAGCUGGACUCAGGACCUGUCAGGAGGGCAGGGCGGAGGA